AUGGUUGAAUGUAAUGAAGGAGUUUUAUUCAUUGAAGCUGAUGCUGAUGUCUCUCUUUCCCAAUUGUAUCCUCAUUCACUCAUACAGACCCAGCAAGUUAAGGCCAUUCAUCAAUUGUUUCCUUGUCACCAAGGUUGUCACAACUCUGCAUUUGAGGUUCUCACAGCAUUCAUAUGGCGUUGUCGCACCAUAGCUUUACAGCUUGAACUAGAUAAGGAGGUUCGGUUGAUGUGCAUUAAUAAUGUAAGAGGUAAGUCAAAUCCUCCAUUAUUGGGACUUGGUUAUCAUGGCAACUCUUCUACGUUCCCAACCGUCGUCACCACUGUCGGGAAGUUCUGUAGAAACUCAUUUAGAGACGCUCUAGAUCUUGUCAAGAAAUCUAAAGCUAUGACAAUGGAAGAGUAUAUACAAUCUGUAGCAGAUCUUAUGGUGAUUAGAGGACGACCUUGCUUUACUACCUCAAGGUCUUGGAUUGUGUCAGAUGUAACACGUGUUGGGUUUAAGGACGUAGAUUUUGGUUAG